AUGGCUCGCACGAAGCAAACGAAAGUUCAGAAAUCACAUAGCAUAAAACCUGGUCAUGGACUCCGCCGCUUUCAAGUCAUGACUGCAAAUAAAGCCGAGAUCAUCAAUCGCAACCUUCUUCGUCCCAUCGCAGACUUCCGCAUCCCAGCCAGCAAGAAAGAACUCGAGAUGAAACAGUGGAAGGUCCUGGCAGCUCGCAAGAUUCGAUAUGGGAUCCCGGAGCCGAAGAAGUAUGGAGGACGAGAUUCGAAGCCUGAUUUCGAGUGUAUGCGGGUCCCUGCGUUGAAGCAAGUCUGGAAGUGUUGGGACGGGGAGUCCAAGAAGAGGCUAAGGAAGGAGAAGGCAUCACUGGUUGUUACCUCGCGCCAGAACGCAGGCGCCCGUUUUCUUCCGGCUAUGGUUGCCAGAAGAGUCGUACCACUGUUUCUGACCCAUGUCCUGAAGACCACAGACAAUAACCUGUCCGUGAUCUUAGAGACGGACCAAUGCGAGGCGCAGCACGCAGAACAGCAUCAAACAUACCAUGCAGUGUUGCCCACAACACUUGUAUCAGCGUCGGCUACUGACACUGGCCUGGCAUCUCGGUGCACACCCUUUAUUACACCACCACCGAUUCCUACUUCCAUGGAAGUAGAUGAGCAAUGCGCCGGUGGAGAGAUCUGUGAAGAUAUGGGUGAACCAGCUCGUGAUCCCACUCCCCCUUCCGAUUCCUUUCUACAGCUCAACCCGACAUCGAUGCCUAUAGUACUUGCAUCAGCGCCAGCUAGUGACGCUGUCCUGGCGUCUCGCCGCACACCCUCUAUCACACCACUACCGAUUUCUACUUCUAUGAGGGUGAGCAAGGCGCUGGUGGAGAGAUCUAUGAAGAUUUGGGUGAACCAGCUCGCGAUCCCACUCCGCCUUCUGAUCCCAUUCUACAGCUCAAUGCGGCAUCCAACAAUCAGUCGAUGCGAGCAUAGGAGGAUCACCUGCAGCGAUUACCGUCUCCCACAUCUUCUGCUGAUCCGAUGA